ACCACCACCACCUCCGGCCCCGGAAACGCAGACACACGCACGACCCACGCACGCUCCCUGUCCCCUCCCCACUUCCAACUCCCACUCCCCCGCCGCCGGCCACCUCGCCCGCCGCACUCCGCCGCCGCCGCCUCACCUCCCGCCCCCACAGCCUCCCGCUCCCCCGGCGAGGUGAAAGCAGCCACCUUUACUACUACUUCUACUACUCGAUCACGAUCGGUCACGCACGCUGCUGCUCCUUCCCCCCGACUAGAUCCGGGGAGCGCGACACCUAGCGCCGGUGAGCCUCCUGCAUCUCCCUUCGGGAUCCCGAGCGCCGCUGGUCGCCUCGCCCCACCCCCGGUCGUCUCGUCGGUAGAGGGAUUCCGAGUCACCGCCGGUCUUCGCGCCAGAGGGGAUCCCGUCAACCCUGGCAUCCUCCCAGUCCCGUCUACCUAGCUCCACCGCGUCAAGCUUUUCUCCUCGAAGGUUUAAGGUGGGAUAGAGGCUGUAGAUCACCAUCCUUCAGUGAGUUUUGAGGAUGAGGAGCUAAGGACUCUCGUCCAAGCUGCUGCACCAGGACUUCUGAUAAACUGGUCAAGAGGUGAGCCUCGAGGUGUUAGGAAGAGAUGGAUGAGGUUGCUGAUGCUAUGGGUGCCAUUGGCAUUGACAAUGGGCCAAGCAAGAAGUUGUUGUCAAAUGAGAGUUUAGAGGAGCGAGGAGAAGAACAUGAUGUACAAGCUGAUGGGGCACACUCGGGCGAGAGUGAGGUGAUCAAUCCCACUGAAGAGGUGGGUGGAGAAGCCACCUCACACCCGGAACCAGAAGACAUAAAACCCCGUGUUUCCAAGGCAAGUCAAAGCCAUUCCCCUAAGGUUACUACCAAAUUUCAGCGCCAGAGCCCACAGAGUGGAGAUAAGAGUCAACCUAGGAAAAAUAGUCCCAGUUCUCCUUAUCCCAAGGCACCCAUUGCACGAGUGUCUGAUCCAGACUUGGUUGAUAGCUCUUCAAGCAACGGCGGUGCUGAUGUUAAGAAAAAGGCUGAAAAGAGCAGCUUCCGCCCAGUUUCCAAGGCGAGUUCAUCGCUAGAGGACUCAAAGGAGAAGAAGAAACCGCAGAAAGCAUCAAACCAAACUUCUGUCAAAAACGAAGAAGAAGAAUCAAACUCUGAAAAAGUAAAGCCUCAAAGGGUUGGCAGCACUCCUUCAUAUGGGUUUGCAUUUAAGUGUGAUGAGAGAGCUGAAAAAAGAAGAGAGUUCUACUCAAAACUUGAGGAGAAGAUUCAUGCACAGGAAUUGGAGAAAAGCAAUAUGCAGGCGAAAUCAAAGGAAACCGAAGAAGCUGAACUCAAAAGGCUAAGGAAGAGUUUGAAUUUUAAGGCAAAUCCAAUGCCCAGCUUUUAUAAGGAACCACCUCCUCCCAAGGUUGAGUUGAAAAAGAUCCCUACCACCAGAGCUAGAUCACCAAAGCUUGGCCGCUCAAAGAACACAAGCUCAGCAAGCACUGAAGAAAGUAACGUUCCUUCAAGCCGCCCAGCUCGUCUGAGCCUCGAUGAAAGGGCCUCCCAGAAUGGUGUCAAGAAAUUGCCUGCUGUGAACACGGCAAAGAAACCCCAACGGAAAUCACUCCCCAAACUGCCAUCAGAGCAAACAGUCCCAGAACAGGUAGAAAACAGCAAGACGUCUACAGAUCUCACUCGGGAGCCGAUCCGCGCUCAAGUGACCCCUGAUGAACAAUUUGGUGGCUAGAAAGCCUCCAGGUCGAGCCCCUAGAAAUGCGAAAGUUAUGCCGCAUCUUCCUAUAUUUCAUUUUGCAAUUUCUGCUGUAAAACUGCUGGAUGCUACUAUGUAGUAAAAUUAGUCUCAUCAGCAGGAGGUUCCCAAGUACGCAGGUAGUCUCUGUAAUGUUUAUCUUGUCAAUUUUUGUUCUUGAUACAAGGGAGGAGGGACCUACUGUUAUUUGUAGUUGGUAACAAUUGCAUAUGACCAUAUCCUAUUUCCCAGGCUAGAAAAACUUUUUUUUUCCUAUAUGAAUUACCCUGCCUUCUCUCUUCUGCAAAUAAGAAAUAAACCUUGUGCAUUAUAUCU